CAAUUUAGUGAUAAAAAGAAGGAAACAUUCUUAAAUAGAACUUACUGCUUCCCUUGGACAAAAAGAACCAUCUCCACCCCAAAGCAGGGGACUAACCUAAUAAUUAAAAGUCUCCACCGAGCACUUUUGGUGUCCAUCUGCCCCAUUAUUAGCGAGAGGUUUGCCAUUGUGUUUCAAUCUGAAGCGGAUAAAAAUCGGCUUUCCGCUGAAACUGUGGAAAAAAUAACAACAAGAACCAAAACAUCAACCUUCCGCCAGCAAGCUUAUAUAGUUGUGGCCAAAAAUGAAAGUCAAUGUAGAAGAAUUAAUAGACAAACAAUAGUAACUACCUUGAGAAACCAUCCUGUUGAUGAAAGGAAUGUUAAUAGUUCUAAUCAAAAGCCGUUUAUAGAAACAAGUUUUUUGUAUGAUCCCGAGCUCAUAAGGGAACCAAGAGCAGAACAACCUAAGAAAAACCUGAAAGACGUACCUGAUUUACAUGAGGCAAACCACACAAAACAAAAACGAAAGAUAUAUAGUGGAACAACUUUUAACGAAGAUAAUAAUCGCGAGGUGCGUGCUGCUUCUCCAUCACGAGACGAAGGGACCAGAGGUCAGAAUUCUCUGGUCUCUUUGAUUGCUAGUCGCCACGUGUCUAGAAAAGAGCAGCACUUGAUUUGCAGUGAAUCAAAAAGGAUGGAUAUUAAUCGAACUUAUACAACCAACAGACCUGAUUUACACUUGAAAUGCAACAGGGGAUCCCAUUCAAGUGAUACUAGUUCAGCUUAUAGUGGGAGUGAUACGAUGACAUCAUUGCAUAGUUCAGCUUUAGACGGAGAUGAGGUGGAUCUUAGUGGUUUGGUCGAGUCAAUUGUUGACUCUGACGAGGAUGACUUGGUGGAAUCGAUGGAGAGCCUGAAUGUACGCGAUGCUGUUCGUGAAUGCCUUGAAAAGGACCCGUCUGAGCGCACUGAUGAGGACAUCGAAACUCUUCUUGAGUUUACCCAAGGACUAAAAGCUUUCACUAAUAUAACGCUUGCCGUGAGACGAGCACUAUGUUCGGUAAUGGUGUUUGCCGUUGUGGACAAAGCUGGCACGAUUGUAAUGAGCGACGGCGAAGAGUUGGAUUCAUGGAGUGUAUUGAUAAAUGGACAUGUCGAAAUCGACCAUGGUAAUGGCGAAAAAGAGGAGCUUCAGAUGGGUGACAGUUUUGGCAUUUUACCGACGAUGGAUAAACUUUACCAUCGCGGUAUUAUGAAGACCAAAUGCAAUGACUGUCAGUUUGUCUGCAUAACCCAAACUGACUACUAUCGAAUACAGCACCAGGGUGAGGAGAACACGAAGCGUCACGAGGAAAAUGGCGAAGUUGUUAUGGUAACAGAGAUGCGCCAAAUUGGCCCGGACACAAACGUUGGUAGUGCUUUAAAACGAGGUCAUGUUGUGAUUCGUGGAACAAUCGAAAGACUGCUUUUGCAAUUGGUCGAAGAGAAUUCGAUGACAGAUCCUACAUAUGUGGAAGAUUUUUUACUUACGCAUCGAACAUUCAUAAGAAAUCCACAAGAAGUUGCAGGAAAAUUGUUAACUUGGUUCGAAAACGAAGAAGCAGGCACAACAGCUUCGCCGCAAGAGAUCCGCGAUCGGGUUACGCGGGUGGUUUUGCUCUGGGUAAAUAAUCACUUCACAGAUUUUGAAACCGAUACAGAUAUGAUGGAGUUUUUGGAAACCUUUGAGAGUGGACUUGAGCGCAAGAAUUUAUUAAGCCAGCUAAGAUUGCUUCAUAUUGCGUGCGCUGCCAAGGCCAGGACUCGAACUGUUACAUUAGCACGAUCUUCCAGGGACGAAAGUUUAAAUUUUAGUUUUGUUGGUGGUUACGAACGGGGAGGAUAUGGGAUCUUUAUAUCAAAAGUUGAUAAAAACUCAAAAGCCGAUGACGUUGGGCUCAAACGAGGCGAUCAAAUUUUGGAAGUAAACGGACAGAGUUUCGAGCACGUUACCAAUGCUCGUGCAAUGGAAAUUAUAAUGGGAUCAACACAUCUCAGUAUAACUGUUAAAAGCAAUCUGUUGUCCUUUAAGGAAAUGAUUCAGUCACCUGAGAGCAAUUCACCUCGACCACGUUCAAAUCCACGCAGAAUUUGUGCUAUUGACAUAGCCAAACUGCAUGGCAACGCAGACGCUCGGCCAACAAUAACCCGCCUAUCAUCAGCUGACAUGCUUAGUCAUGAUCAAGUAGAUUGCUGCCCUUCACCAUAUCGAGAAAGGGAAUCAAGCACGGGAGGAACGCUAGUGGGAGGGAUAGCAACAGCUAGUCACUUUGUAGCCGGGCUUCUUGGCAAUUCGAGCAGCAACAAAAAAGAUAGUUCCACCCUUUCAGCGGCAUCAUCAAACAAUUCGACUUCGUCUUCCUCUUCUUCAAUGAGUACAAGCACUAGCCACCAGAAGGGUGGAUUUAUGACUCUUGGCCCCAAGCGUCGUUUGCAAAAAGCACUUAUCAAAAUGAAUCUCUUACCAAAAAAUGCAACGGGUUCUACAUCGGUAGAUGCGGGGGAUGUGGCCUUAAUUACAACAGAUGGCGUCACAGGGCACCACCAAGAAGAGAACCGUACAAGUGCUGUGAUAAAUUAUGCGUCAGCAAACUCUGCCAACUACAACACAACUGGCAACCUGUCUGGGAUGUAUCAUUCUCGUAGUAAUCCUGAUUUGGCAUCAACGAUUUAUUACGAAGAUACCCGCCAGAUGGACUAUCCAGAGCAUGUUCUCAAGGUCUACAAAUCAGAUCAGACAUGCAAAUACUUAUUAAUCAAUAAGGAAACAACUGCGCAUGAAGUUGUGAUGCUGGCUCUUCAAGAGUUCGGCAUUCACGAAACAAGUUCAAAUUUUUCACUCUGCGAAGUUUCGGUUGGUGAAGGUGGCAUGAUCAAGCAAAGGCGGUUGCCGGAGCAGUUACAGAAUUUGGCUGAAAGAAUAGGUCUUGCAUCUCGGUAUUAUCUCAAGACCAAUGGUAUAACUGAGACUCUUGUACCAGACGAACUGGCUCUAGACCUAGUUCGCGAGUCAACCGUUCACUUUCUUCAACUAAAUGCAAACGAGGUUGCAAUACAAUUAACGUUCCAAGACUUUGCAAUAUUCCGCCAAAUUGAAAGUACCGAAUAUGUGGAUGAGCUAUUUGAGCUUAAUUCAAAAUAUGGGGUUCCAAUGCUGAAGCAAUUCGCUGAACUUGUCAAUCGCGAGAUGUUUUGGGUAGUAACUGAGGUGUGUAGUGAGCACAAUAUCGUGAGACGCAUGAAAAUUGUAAAACAAUUUAUCAAAAUAGCUCGACAUUGUAAAGAAUGCAGAAAUUUCAAUUCAAUGUUUGCAAUAGUUUCGGGUCUGGGUCAUGCAGCGGUAACUCGAUUGCGACAAACUUGGGAGAAACUGCCAUCGAAAUACCAGAAAUUAUUUGCCGAUCUGCAAGACCUUAUGGAUCCUUCGAGAAACAUGUCAAAAUAUAGACAGUUAGUCUCUGCCGAAUUCCUAGCACAGCAUCCUAUCAUUCCUUUUUAUCCAGUUGUGAAAAAAGAUUUGACAUUUAUCCACCUUGGUAACGAUACCCGAGUUGAGGGGUUGAUCAACUUUGAAAAGCUCCGAAUGAUUGCAAAAGAGGUUCGAAUUUUAACUCACAUGUGCAGCUCCACAUAUGACUUACUUACAAUGCUCGAAUUCAAAGGACAACCUCCAAGCUCAGCUAUGGUUGCUCUUAAUCAAAUGUCGGUGUCGAGUGGACCGCAUCACAUUCACGGCAGUGCUGGUCAAGCUACUGUGAAGCGAAGAAAAAAGUCGACAGCAGCCCCGAAUCCAAAAAAAAUGUUUGAAGAGGCACAGAUGGUUCGGCGUGUGAAAGCUUAUUUGAAUAACAUGAAAGUCAUAACCGAUGAGGAUGCCCUUCAUCGACUCUCCAUAGAGUGCGAACCAAGUGCCACGAGUAGUAGUGGAGGUGGUGCUGGCGGUAGUAUCAGUGGAAGUUCCGCUCCGAAUUCAGUGACUAUUAGGAAACGUCAUCCUUCUCCUACAUUAUCUACAACCAGCAGCACAAGUUCAACAAGUGAGGGCAGAAAAGGAGGUUUGGGACCAAAGUUCGGAACAGCUUCUCCUCAAGCUGUGAGAAAAAUUCUCUCUCUUUCAGAACCAACGAAAACUCGCCCCUAUCAGCCAAGACAUCCGGGAAUCAUGUUGCCAUUAGUCGGCCAUCCGCACACUCUUCACUAUGCAUUACACUCUUCCAUUAGUCCUUCUCCUUCGCCAGGGUCUCAUCGCCGAAUGGGAUCGGGCACUGGUGUUCCAGCAACUGGAAAUCGCACUGUACAUGAACGAUCCCAUUCCGAUACUCCAACACCGCUGCCUUCUGUGGAUUUGUCAGCGGAAAGCAGUAGUGUCACUUCUUUCGGAAACCUCCCAUUGCGCAAGAAUAUAGCAUCAGGCUCGGUAACAUCAAGCGAUAGCGGUCACGGUUCUUACGUUCAACCGGAUGUUCAUUUAAAUUAUAACGAAAGCAGCACAACCGGUCUCUUUCACAUAAAUUCUCAAUUACCUUCGAACGCACCUACAUCACCAAAACUGCAACAACGUCGCCAUUCGGCGAUACAUGCACCUGGGUUUUACUACAAUACAAUGACGUUACCAUCAUCAAAUACUAUGGUCUCAGCAGUGAAUCUUCUGGAUCAUCAUCCUGCAAUAGUUGGCCGCAAGCCAACAUCCCCAACACUAUCUCCACCACCGUUGCCACAUCCAAAAGUACCUCUUGAUGAAAGAAUGAUGGGUUUGAGUAUACAACAACAAUAUCACCACAUUCAACCCCCACCCCUUCCACCCCCCUCGCUUCAUAAUCAACAAAUGAAGAACAACAACGCAGCGACGAGUGUUUUGUGCUCGGAUAAUAGUAGCUUAAGCUUUGGUCCAUCUGCAAUCAGAAAUGUACAAUAUCAUUCACCUCCUCCCCCAUUGACGCAGCACUCGACGACGCAACAACAGCAACAGGUCUUGCAACAGCAUUUACAACACCACCAACAACAACAGCAGCAGCUAAAUAACCAAUACCAUGCUCCGAGAAGUGUCGGCCAUACUGUACUAGCACUACCAUCAAAAGCUCCUCGUUACCCACCUUCAUAUACAGUAGCCGCACAUAUGGCUCGAUUGCAUCGUCUUGGAAGGGCGCACAGUUUAGAAAGAGUUGCAAACCUAAUGCAAAGUGGGAGCAACAAUAGUAACAGCGGCAGCGCCGGAAGUUACUAUCAAAAUGAACUGGGCGAUGAGGAAGAAGAUGGCAGCGGACAAGUCUCUGCUGUUUAAGGCAAGACUGGAUGUCAUAAGGACAACACUUGUGGAUGAAUAAAUUCAAUUUAUAGAUUUUUAUUACAAUGUAAGUUACUCUUAGAAAAUAUUCAUCAAUUACAUGUCACUAAAUUAACUUAAUAUUAUCAACCAUACAUAAAUAGUUAUUUCGAGCAAAAUUGCAUUAAAAAAAUGCAAGCACCUAUUAAAUGAUUUAAUUUGAAUGCAAAAUAUGAAACAAAUAAAUAAAUUCACAAUGUAAAAAACUGAGCCAAAGAUUUUCUCUUUGUUACUCAUGUUCUUAUUUUAUUCCGUCCUUUUUAUAAAAAGUAAUAUGUUUUUCGUUUUUAAUAAAUAAAAAUCAAAAAAGGAAACUUUUAUCCAAAAAAAAAAGGUUUUACUGAAGAUGGAAGAUCCCGAUAUUUGUGUCGUUUUAAAUAAAAUAUGUGAAUAACUAUGAUUGAGGAAUCUUUUUUAUCAAUAAAUUCUUCAUGAGUAAAAUAUUAAAGAUUCUGUAAUCGACAUUGAGAGGUUUUAAUUUUACAUAUAUCAAGUCUUCUUAUCUAUAAAUUUACAAAGUAAUAAGAGAAACAAGAAAAAGAACUACUUGCUCGAAAUAAGUUAUUUAUUCUUAUAUAACAAAUUAACUAUAAUUAUAUUGAAAAAUUAAGUAUAUAUUUAUAUAAAACAAAAGGGAAUAAACAUAUGUUUUGUAUUUGCUCUUUGAAACUAAUGUUUAAAUUACUCAUAAAAUAUGAAACAAAUUGAAUGCAUUUCAAAUAAAUAUAGAAGAGUGAACUGUUUUCUCCUCGAUACAGAGGAUAAUGUCAAAGUUUAUAACAUUCAAAACUUAGAUUGAAUGCAUAAAUCAUGUAAAUUAUGAUCAUAGAAAAGCGAAUGGGCUUUAAUAAAAAUUUUAUUUGAUAAAAUGAAAGUAUGUUAUGUAAUGUUCAUUCUUAUAUUCUCAACUCUCUUUGUCAUGAUAUUAGUUUUCAGUUUCUAACUAUUUUAUAAAAUUUAAACAAAAUAUUCAUUCUUUUCUGUAGAUUAGCUUUUGAACAGUUAACUCUUUGUGUGAAAAAAUAAGCCUUAAAUUUUACCUGACAUUUUUGUGAAUUUGAAAUGAGAUGAUAUAUUUAUAUUUAUAUAGUUAAGAGAAUUAGAUAUGAAAGGUUUACCUUAAACUAACUUAUCGGCCCCGAUCAUAUAUCUGUGUUCUAGGGUAAAAACAUUAUGCUUCCAAAAAAAAAAUCCACAUUAUAAAAUUACUUUCGCAAUAGAGACUAAAUGGGUUCGUAAGGACAAUUUUGUAAAUAACGUCGAUAUCAGGUCAUGAGAGAGCUCAUAGAUAAUAAAAAGUCAAAUAAGUAAAAAAUACAGUUUUACGAUUCAAAAAGGUUUUUUAUUUCAUACCAGUAGCGAAAAUUGAUUCUCUUGUUUAAAGCUUUUCUUUAGUCUCCUUUUGGCCUACCCAUAUUUCUAGUUUACAGCAGUUAGGGCAAAAUUGUAUGGGGUCUUGGGUAUGAGCGUAAAUGACCAAGAGUGGUACUUUAAACAAAAAUAUCUAUCUAUCUAGCAUAUUAAAAUUGUGAAGUUUUAGGAAAAUUAAAGUUGGUAAUUAAUACAUCAAAGUGAUUCUACUUUUUCUAAACAAGAGCUCAUAACCUUGCACGUAUACCACAUGCCAUUUUUGCACAAAUAAUUAUAAACAGAAUAGUAUGUCUUCAUACCUACCCUUCUAAAUAUCUAAAGUGUGCAUAAUGCAUUGUGCAACGAUAUUUGUUCUUGUCUCAUUUGUUCUAAUGCAUUUGCUGACAAUGCCACAAUAGAUUUUUCGUUAGAUAUUUAGAUUUUUUAGUUUAAAAAAAAGCCAGACUUAAAUCGUUUUUUUUUUUCAAAAUUAAUUUCACUUUUAAUAUUUUUUUAUUAUCCAUAGGACCCAUUUUUUUAUAUUUAUACCAAAUUUGUAAAUAUUUUUCAUAUAACAACAAAUUUGGAUGUAAUAUAAAAUAAAAUAGAAAGUACCUAUAUACAUACAUAUGUAUUUCAAGAAAAUUUCGAAUGUAUUUAAAAAAUCUUACCCCUUUGACAAUCAAUUUGAAUAAAUUAUGUAUUGUUUAUUUCGUUUCCUUUGUGUGUUAAGCUUUUCGGAAUAUAACUCAAAUAAAGGACCUCGAAUCCCAAACGGAAUGAAGGGUUAUCUUUGGGCAAAUCAUCUUAGAAAAUUAAUAAAUAACAAUAUUUUGAGUUCAAUAACAGAAAUAAAACUAAAAGUAUAAAAGGAACUUAAUUUUCUUAUUUUACCAAUAUUCAAUACAAAAAAUAAUAAUAAAACGAAAACCAAACAAACAAAACAAAAUGCAUGGUGCAUGCAUACAUACACAUAUGUACUUUUAACAAAAAAAAUGUAUAAGUCACUUACCUAUGUGCAUGCGUGUAAAUGUUCAAGGUUUCAUUGACUUCAUUUAUUGACUUGUUCAUGGAGUCUAGUACAGCUUGUAAGCCCGUUUGCACAGUCAGGAACCUUUCCUGUAGCUUCUUCAGUUUUCUUACAAGAAGGACAGACUCCUCGAUUUGUGGCUCGUUUAAACUUUUUAUGACCUUUCAUGUUUUUUCAUGCUUGGAGUCUAUAUCGAAUAAGUUUGGGUUUGUGAUGCAGUUGUGGAAACAGAGUCAGAUAAAAGGGUUUUCAUUUCUUUUUACAAAUCUAAAAAUGUUAAAAAGAAAUAUACAAAAAUGACUAUUUUACUUUAGCUGAAACUAACUUACUUUCGUCUUCACUACCAUAGCUGGAAACACCACUUGUCCCCGCUAUUGCUGCCUCAAUCCCACAAACCUUGCACAAUGGUUUCUUCAUUUGUGUCCAAUGGCAAAUCCAUAAACGGGACUCCUCCGGUUUGUUUUUAGGAAUUUUUGUUCUGUAUAAGUUUUUUUUGUUUACAGAAUACUUUGGCGUCGUCCAAAUCUUUGCAAAUAAAUACGAAUUAGAAAUAUUUUGUUUGUGACUAAGUUACAAUUAAUUACCCUUUUCCACUCUCGUGUGGCCUUAGUUGGUGUUCCAUUUGAAUUUAAGGACUUUUAAGAGUAUUUCCCACAAUAUUAUGAGGGAUUCCUUUUAGUUAUUUCCCUUUGGUGGCUUUGGCUGCAUCACGAUACCUAGGAAUGGCAGAAGAAUAUCAGCUUUCUACUGUCGAAACCAGAAUUACAAGAACAAAAAUUGUUUUUGCUGAAUUUGCUAUUACACGAUGAAUCUAGAUGCAUGUGUGUUCUUUUUAUUUCGUCCGCUGUUGCAAUCGCUAUAACACGUUGAAACCAAAGUCAUUAACUGAUAAAAAGAUGUGAAAAAAUGUUGACUUGUUUCACGCAUUAGCUUGUAGGCUUGUAGGGGUUUCCAUUGGCAAAAUAAUAACUAUAAAAAAGUAAUAAUACAAAAUAAUAGUACCUAAUACUCGUAAUUCAUAAUCUGUCAAACGCACACAUUUCCCCGUGAAAAAUUAAUGUUUGUUUGUUGAAAUUCACAUCGUUUCAUCGACAUUACAAAUGCAACAAUGUGAACAAAUGGAUUUUGCAGGGUGAUUUGAACAAAAAGUAGGAAAAAAAAUAUAAAAAAAAUAAGUAGAAAUUUCAUUGACAGUUGUUCACUUACAAAUGCAAUACUGCUAUAAUUUAUAUGCUUAUGUGUAUAGGAAAAAUUAGGUUUUCCUUCGGCUUUUUUUGUCACUUUGAUCGUGGCAAUGAAACAGGGUUGUUACAUUAACUUUUCCCGACACCUGCGUAUUUUGUUUAUUUUUUAUAAAUUCGAAUGAAAUUACUGCUCCUCUGUCCAUGGGUUUGCUAGCCACUCAGAUUCUUUCAUCACUGGCAUCUGGAGUGCAGACGAAGACGGUUCUGGAAUUGUAAAGCCACUUGCAUCAACUUCGUCUUUGUCGAGCCAGAAGAUGUUUCAUAACGACGCACAAUGCAGAGAAGCUCAUUCGCCCUUCUGGCAGCAAGGCGCUGUGGCCGUACUCUAGUUUCACAAUGGUCUGGGACUGUCUUGCCAUGCACGUAACGACAGUGCAUUUGAACACUCAUGUGAGAUGUGAAAUAGAUUCCACAGGUUGGACAUACUUUUUUCUUCAGGUCGGAUUGUACAGAUGGACAAAAGAAAUCGUAAGGCAUCUGCUUAAACCCUUCUAGAGGAGGUGACAGAUCAACGGACAACCGCACAAGAAGUGGUGAAAACUUGGAUGUUCCUUUGUCUAGUAAACUGGGUACUACGAGCUACAUUUACAUUUUUCCAAUCGACAAUUUAAAUAUUCGAGAACUAAAAGGAAGGUAUCAACAAAUUUCCAGUUUAUUUCAAUGGAGUACAGUAAACAUUUAUUUGAUGGAAAUAAAUUUAAUUGGUAUCAUUUUAAAGGCGUUUUUAAAGUCUUUCAUUUGUUUUGUUCCGAAAAAUUACAAUUUCUGUGAUGUCUCGAUUAGAAAUUUUAAGUUCAAAUAUCUUUAAACCUUCUCAUACGAUUUGCCUUAAAUUUCACAAUGAUAACGUACUAUUUUUCUGAAUCCAAUAAACCUUAGUUUUUUUUUGGAAUCGUAUGUAAAGAGUUGAAUUUGUAUUUAUUAUAGUUUAGUUCCGAUUUAAGACCUAGUGUCGACCCCGCAAUAAGAAAAUUUCAUCAAUAGUUUGGCAGACUUCAAUACAUUUAUAAUAGUCAUGGACCCUUUAUAACACAUUGGGCCUUACCAAUAAUAAACCGCUAAGCACACAUUAAGGCAUCGUCGUUAUAAAUUUUAAUAACCAGUUAAUUUAAGUAUAUAUUAAAAACCAAAAUAAAAACUUCAAUUAUUAAUUUGCCUUCUAUUACAUUCGCUGUCAAAAAUAUAACUUUGAAGUACUAAUGUAUUAAUUAAAAUUAACACAACACAAAUAUUUAUUUGAAGAAAAUUAAGUUUUGAAAUAGAUUAGAAUGAUUCUAUACCAAAAAUAAUUCACAAGUGGUUUAGCUUCUUCGAUCAGCAGCUCCUUCUACUCGUCUUCAAAUUUUGGUUUUCACCCAUUUCUAAAAUAAUAGACAUUUAUAAAAACAAAAAAAGACAAAUAGAUAUUAACACAAGUGUUUUUCUAUUCAACUUUUUUUUUUUAAUGAAAUAUUGCCACCAACAAUUAAUAAUCACAUCAAAUCUGACUAUCAACAAUCAAAUUUAACCCGGCAUUAGUCCUUGAAUUAGACAGAACAUUAAAAUGGUUAUUGGCAUGGCAAACAAAUUAGAGCUCAGUUAAAUAUUUAAGUCAGCUUUAAUUUUGAUUAUUGGUUGGGUCCUAUGUCUUCAAAAUUAAAUAUUUUGAACCCAGUCUUUAUUGCGUUUGCAUAAAUAUAUUAACAUAAAUAGAGUAAACAUAAGUGUAAAGAUGGAAUGGUGUUUUUAGUUUUGUAUACAAUUUGCUUAAUACAACACCAAUUAUGCUAUUGUACGCUUACAAUAUAUUUUAUGUAUAAUUUGUAUGCCAAAUUAACACUAUUUUAACUGCAAAUCUUCGGCACUUGAGAUAAACGUAUAAGCCCAGUUAAUUCCUAGAUCAUGAGAACCAAAUAAUUUUAAGGAACUAUUCUUGUUUUAUUUUUAAUUAUAUAUUCUAAGCGACUUGCAAGAAACUAAUUUAUAAUAGUUAAAGUUUACCUGAGGCCUUAUUAUGCAAAAAUGAAGACGAUUAAACGAUAUUAUUUUGAUUAUUGCAAUUAUCAUUUUACUAUCUCGCUAUCUAGUGCAAGAAAUAGAUAUUUUGAUUUUCAAAACGAAAUUUUAAGACAUUUUUGGAGUAUUAAAAGAAGUAGAAUCUUAGAACAACAGUUUGAACUGAAAAUAUCGAGGCAUUUCAACCUAUAAGCAUUUUUUCCAAUAAAUAUAGCCACACACUUGUCGUCAAAAUUAUGUUUUCAUUUUACGUAAUAAGGCCAUUUAAACUCAGAACAUUGAACAAAGUUGCAUAGCAACAAAAAAUUUUUUUUGAAAAUGUACAAAAAAAACUUAGCUUUUAAGUAGAUAGAGCCUAAAUAAAAAGAAAAGAAAAAAUAUUUGAAAAGUAAUCAGGCUUAACUUUUUUUUCAUAUGAUUUGAGGCAUACCUAUAAAAUUUACAAAAGUGUUGAUGUAUACUUAUAUUAUGAUGUCCUUUGUUUGUGAUGUUCGAUGAGUUUAUCUUUGAAUUCUAUUGUUUUUAAAUAGAACUAUCAUGAAAUAAAUUGUAAAAGAAGAAUAUUUAAAAAAAAAGAAGUAUUAAACACCAACAAAUAAUAUGGUAUGU